AUGUCAAAGGCCAUAUCUGUGGCACUAGAUGUGCUCACGGCCUGUGUGGCCACCUCCUCCCUUGGGCCCAUCUGUGUCCAGGAAUGGGACUUCGAGUUGCUGGUCUUGGUCAUCGGCCUCCCGUAUACCCUGACAUGGUCGGCUGCCUGUCGGAUGGUGGACUCUGCCCAGUGUGGGCUCUGGGCAACAAUCAGAGCCUUGGACUGGCAAGGCAGCGUSGGCCGAUCGCCGGUGGCGGUUCCCCUGGAGCUGGCAGGCUUUCUGUCUGGCACCCUCCUCCCUGAUGGCUGCCAGGGCUGCUCCAGAGUGGUGUCCCGGAGCUCUAUGGGCAUCUGUUGUAAGAGCCAGAGGCAGGUUGUCCCUGAAAACCUGGGCAGCUCUGUGAAGACCCCACCGCACCACCUGUCCAGGGUGAACGGCUGGUCGCCCCCUCUGCACUCCUUCCAGGUGGUAUGCUGGGCCAUCUUCCUGGUCAUGUGUGUCACCAGCUUCGGGAUCUUCAUCCCCUUCCUGCCCCUGGACUGGAAGCUCGCUGCCUACGCUGUAUCCUUGCUCCYGGUGAUGGGAGCCGUGUUCCUGUUCCACAUGUUGGUCCACCUGAUUGCUGUUACCAUUGACCCGGCCGAAGUCAACGUGCGACUUAAAAGCUAUGCCCAGCCCGUGCCGACCUUCGACCGGUCCAAACAUGCACACGUGAUCCAGAACCAGUACUGCCACCUGUGUGAGGUCACUGUGAGCGAGAAAGCCAAGCACUGCAGCUCCUGCAACAAGUGCGUCUCGGGAUUCGACCACCACUGCAAAUGGCUCAACAACUGUGUGGGGAGCAGGAACUACUGGUUCUUCUUCACCUCUGUGGCCUCAGCCCUGUGUGGGCUGUUCUGCCUGAUGGUCCUCCUGCUGUACGUCGUCAUCCAGAACUUCGUCAACCCCACCAAGCUCCGCAUGGACCCCCUGUACCAAGAUGUCAGGUCUUCCAACCAGUGGCUGCUGUUCCUGCCCCUGUGCCCCGUGCAGGUGAAGACCCCCGUGGUCUUCUCCAUCCUCACGGUGGUGCUGCUGCUGGGCUCCACCAGCUUCGUGCUGCUCGGGCACCUGCUCRUCUUCCACCUGUACCUGAUGGCCAAGCACUUGAGCACCUUCGAGUACAUGAUGCAGGCCCGCUUCCAGCAGAACCAAGUGCCCACGAGGCGGGAUGGGCUGACUCUGCUCAAAGAGAAGGGGCGUCCAAAGGUUGAUAGUGGGAGCUCCAUCACGUCCUGCUGCCCCAUGCUGGACUUGGCCAUCAAAAGUGACCCUGGGCCAUCCUGCAUGGCAGCAAGGGCCCGGGGUCUACCUUUCUGCCUGCGCAUCCGGGGCCCAGGUUCCCAGGUGCCUGGGAAGUCCCCGUCGACGCCAGCUGUGCUGGACCAGCAGCUGCGCUCCAGGUGUAGCCAUGAGCCCCUGAAGGCCUCCCUCUGA